UACAAGAAUACAUUGUUGUACUACUAUUGAUUCCUGCUACUAUAAACGGUCUCAUGGCUGUGCACGGGAGGAUGCUAGUUAUGCAACUGAUCAUAGCGGUGGCCAUAGCAGCAGCAGCAGCUGAUCGAACCCCACCUCCUCAAGCGCGACCUAACUGCUCCGACCACUGUGGUAAUCUCAAAAUCCCAUAUCCUUUCGGCAUCGGGCAGGGUUGUUCCCAGCGAGGAUGGUUCAACCUCACUUGUAACGAAUCCACCGAACCCCCAACAACACUCUGGGGCGAUGGUAGUUUAACGGUUACUAACAUAUCGCUUGCUGAAGGUGAAUUGAAGGUUAUGAUUUACAGAGCCCGUGAUUGUUAUGAUCAGCAGGGUAAUCAAACAAAAGAAAUGUACACGGCCGCUUCUCUCCGGUUGCCUCCUCCUUUCACCAUCUCCGGGACCAGAAACAAGUUGAUUGCCGUUGGCUGCGACACUAUUUCAAUUUUCAGAGGGUACCGCCCUUACCCUCAUGACAAAGACAGGUACAUCACCGGAUGCAUUUCUGUAUGUGACAAUCUUGACAAUGCAGUUAACGGUUCGUGCUCCGGCAUUGGGUGUUGCCAAACUUCCAUCCCUAGUGGACUCAAAAAUCUCACAGUGAGUUUGAAUAGCGACUCUCAACAUAAGGACGUAUGGAAAUUCAACCCAUGCAGCUACGCCUUCAUUGUGGAAGAAGAAUAUUUCACAUUCAACCCUAAAACAAGUUUUGAAGAACUCAACAACACUGAAAAACUUCCCAUGAUUAUUAACUGGGAUAUUAAUGAAGGGUCAUGUGCUCUAGCUCAAAACAGCGAUGGUUAUGCUUGCAAAGCAAAUAGCAGCUGUGUCAAUCGGACCGUCGAUUACCAGACUGAACCAACUGGUUAUUAUUGCCAGUGCUUGCCAGGCUUCGAAGGGAACCCAUAUCUUCCAGAUGGUUGCCGAGAUAUUGACGAGUGCAUGGCUCCAUCAAGUCCCUGCAACAAUGGAAUAUGCCAAAAUUCACCUGGAGGUUACAGCUGUUUAUGUAACAAAGGUUUCAAAAACCAGGACUCAAAGAAUUGCAUAGAAAACACUCCCGUGCCAAAGAACAUGCCCCUGAAAAUUUUGUUGGGUCUCAGUAUAGGCUUCUUCAUUUUAGUGGUUUUAAUUUGGUGGACUUAUUGGGGAAUGAACAAACGAAGACUAGUAAGACUCCAAGAAAAGUACUUCCAAGAAAAUGGCGGCUCAACAUUACAGCAACAUCUCGCUAGUCAUGGAGGAUCUGUUGAGACAGCAAAAAUCUUUACUGCAGAGGAACUUCAGAAAGCCACAAACAAUUACCAUGUAGAUGAAAUCCUUGGUGAAGGAGGCUAUGCAGCAGUUUACAAAGGAAAACUACAUGAUAAGAGUGUUGUUGCCAUAAAGAAGCCAAAGAUUGGCGCUCCAACUCAAAGUGAUCAGUUCGUUAAUGAGGUUAUCGUUCUUUCUCAGAUAAACCACAGAAAUGUAGUAAAACUAUUAGGUUGUUGUUUCGAGACCGAAGUGCCUUUACUGGUAUAUGAGUACAUUACUCAUGGCACUCUUUUCGAGCAUUUAUUCAAUAAGGGAAAAGGAUCCUCGCUUUCAUGGGAAUUACGAUUGAAGAUAGCAUCAGAAACUGCAGGCGCACUAGCAUACUUACACUCAUCUACUUCCACUCCAAUCAUACAUAGAGACGUGAAAACAACGAAUAUAUUAUUGGAUGACAAUUACACGGCCAAAGUGUCUGAUUUUGGAGCUUCGCGUUUCAUUCCUCUAGAUCAAACUCAACUUGCAACACUGGUUCAAGGGACGCUUGGAUACUUGGAUCCUGAAUACUUUCAUUCAAACCAACUAACUGAAAAGAGUGACGUCUAUAGUUUUGGAGUUGUCCUAGCGGAGCUACUAACAAGUAGAGUUGCACUUUCUUUUGCCAGGCCUGACAAGGAGAGAUGCCUAGCAAGCUUCUUUGUUUCUUCAAUAGAAAACGAAUGCUUGAUUCAAAUUCUUGAUGCUGAUAUAGUGAAUGAGGAGAGCAUCGAGACGGUAGAGCAAGUGGCGAUUCUGGCAAAAAGAUGUUUGAUGAUAAAAAGUGAGGAAAGGCCUACGAUGAAAGAAGUUGCCAUGGAGUUAGAAGGGAUGAGAAUUAUGACAACGCAUCCAUGGAAAAAUGGCAAUUCCGGCUUUGAGGAGACUGGGUACUUGCUCGGGUCACCUAAUUCAGCGGCUUAUGUGAUGAAUAUUGGAGAUGGAGGUGCCGGUGGUUCGAGCGUUACAAAUACUGGGUAUGACAGCAUGCAAAUACAAAUGUUAAUGCCCUACGAUGACGGGCGAUGAUUGAUCAGAGUUUUAGUAGUACUGAGUCGUUGUUGGAAUUAUCUUAUGUUAAAUUAAUGCAUUAGACUAAUGCAUUAGACUAGUUGUAUUCUAAGAGUGAUUAGCAAUAAGUUGGUUUGGCAUACGUCAGUGUGCCCAGUCGUAUAUAUGCCAUGAUUUGAAGUGUGGUAUGCAACUAGAAAAAGCGUCCGCGCGUUGCCGCAGGUUUUAUUAUCAAUUGAUCUAUUUGUAGUAAUGUACUCUAGCCAGGUUGUACUGUUGUAUUUACAUUGUGAGGUGUGAUGAGUAAU